GAACCCCUCAAACGCCUUUGUUUUUCCUCCCUUCACGUUUUCCUUCCUAAACCUAAACGCUUAGUCAAUCGAAGUUGAUUGAACCUAAACGUGAAGGAAAACGCGAAAUACUUCCGUAUUAGUCAAUCGAAGUUGCCACGCCAUCGAUCGAUUUCUUGGAGUCUCCCUUGACCUCUGAAAACCUUUCUCCCCCAAUGUAGUUAGGUUCGCUGCUUUGGAUUUGGUUUCUAGGGUUCCGAUCCAGGGACGAGGCCGAUUGAGAGGGAGGUAUGGUUUGGGGAAGCGUGACCGCGGAGGAUCUGUUCAACGCCCUGCAUGAAGUUGAGUGGUCCUCGCCGUCGCGCUCCAUCUUGGAGUUCUUCUCCCGAUUCACCGUCCCCAGAUCCUACUCUAAAUGGAGCAGUCAACUUAAGUGUAAUCUUUACUACUACAUCACGAAUUACUUCAUCCUGAUGUUUUUUGUUCUUGCUGUGGGAUUUCUUCUGAAGCCUCUUGCUGUUGUUGCGGCCUUUCUCACAGGUUUAAGCAACACAUUUUUAAACUAUAGAAACUACAGUGCCAAAGAGGGACAUUACUGCAGCCAUUCAAAGCUUCAAUAUCCAAGUUAGCAAUUUGACUCAAGUACGUAGCUCAGGGGCAAUUCAUGAGGAUUAGGAUUUUUGAUGCAAGGAGUGAGCUUUCUUUAGUUUCUAGGUUGCCUUGCUAAUGCGAAGAAGCCAUAUAGUGAACAUCGUAAUUGGAAAACAUGUGAUUUAUGGUUUGAUACUACUAAGUUUGAUGAGUGUACAACUCUUUUUGUAUAUUUUAGCUAGCAUAUUUUGGAUUUCGAUUAUACAACUAUUAUUUUCUUAUUUUGA